GUUCCGACAAUAAUGUGGCCACUCUGUAAAGCAAGCCGGUAUCAUUUACUUCAUUUCACAAUAUUUGCACGUUAAUAAAUAAUAUUGAGACAAAGGAUUCAAGUUCAUCAUCAAAAUGGUAGUCCGCCCGUAUAACGACGAGCUUAAGUACCUGGAGAAAAUCAAUGAUCAUUGCUGGCGCAUUAAGAAGGGCUUUCAGCCCAAUAUGAAUGUGGAAGGCUGCUUCUAUGUCAACGAGCGCCUGGAACGACUUAUGCUUGAGGAGUUGAAGAACUCAUGUAGACCGGGAGCUGUGGGAGGAUUUUUGCCUGGCGUAAAGCAGAUAGCCAAUGUGGCCGCAUUGCCUGGCAUUGUGGGACGCUCUAUUGGAUUGCCGGACAUACAUUCGGGUUAUGGUUUUGCGAUUGGUAAUAUGGCGGCAUUUGACAUGGAUAACCCUCUGUCAGUAGUUAGUCCAGGAGGAGUCGGAUUUGAUAUUAAUUGUGGCGUGCGGUUGCUGCGAACAAAUCUGUAUGAGCGGGAUGUACAGCCGGUUAAGGAGCAACUAGCUCAAUCACUAUUUGAUCACAUUCCUGUGGGAGUAGGCUCAAAGGGUAUUAUACCCAUGAAUGCAAGAGAUCUGGAGGAGGCUUUGGAAAUGGGAAUGGAUUGGUCACUACGUGAGGGCUAUGUAUGGGCUGAAGAUAAAGAGCAUUGCGAGGAAUAUGGACGCAUGCUGAAUGCCGAUCCCGCUAAGGUCAGCAUGAGAGCCAAAAAACGUGGCUUACCACAAUUGGGAACAUUGGGCGCUGGCAAUCAUUAUGCUGAAAUUCAAGUGGUGGAUGAAAUUUAUGACAAGUGGAGUGCAUCGAAAAUGGGUAUCGAGGAGAAGGGACAAGUUGUGGUGAUGAUACAUUCCGGCAGCCGUGGUUUCGGUCACCAAGUGGCCACCGAUGCGCUUGUACAAAUGGAAAAGGCCAUGAAAAGAGACAAAAUUGAGACGAAUGAUCGCCAAUUAGCCUGUGCCCGCAUUAACUCGGUGGAGGGUCAAGACUAUCUAAAGGCAAUGGCUGCUGCGGCUAAUUUCGCCUGGGUCAAUCGCAGUUCGAUGACUUUCCUUACAAGGCAGGCUUUUGCCAAGAUGUUCAAUACCACACCCGAUGAUUUGGAUAUGCAUGUAAUCUAUGAUGUCUCCCAUAACAUCGCUAAAGUAGAGAAUCAUAUGGUCGAUGGCAAGGAGAAGAAACUUCUAGUACACCGAAAGGGCUCCACACGUGCCUUUCCACCACAUCAUCCUCUUAUCCCAGUCGACUAUCAACUGACAGGACAGCCAGUUCUUGUGGGUGGCACCAUGGGCACUUGCAGUUAUGUUCUAACCGGCACUGAACAGGGCAUGCAUGAAACCUUUGGUAGCACAUGUCACGGCGCGGGUCGCGCCUUAUCUCGAGCUAAAUCUCGUCGAAAUCUCGAUUAUAAAGAAGUCUUGGAGAAAUUAGAGCAAACCGGCAUUGCCAUAAGGGUGGCUUCCCCCAAACUGGUAAUGGAAGAGGCUCCCGAGUCCUACAAAGAUGUCACAGAUGUUGUGGACACUUGUCAUGCGGCGGGCAUAAGCAGGAAAUGCAUUAAAAUGCGACCCAUUGCAGUUAUCAAGGGCUGAUGAUUGCUCGAUGUCUCUCUAUUUAUUUUUGUGAUUUUAAAUCAGAACUGAUUUAUUAUAAUUAAAAUUAAUUAUUAAAAAAAAAAUCUCGAAAAACGA